UCUGCACAUUGUCUUUCUUAUCCUAUAAAAGGGGCAAAUUGUAGCAUAGACCCUAGUGUUGUCCCAUGUAUUUGCAAACUCUGAGGAUGCGUUAGUUGAUAUCCUAUGCUUAAACAGGCGUAAGUCCUAGCGAUCAUAGCGUUUUAGCUCGUCCACAUCAUCAACUAUUUGAAUCCUUCUUGGCCCACUGAGGCUUGUCCGAAGCCAACUGGACAAGUGAGGCAUUUCUACACUUUAAGCGUCUGUGAAAAUGCACUAUAUUUUCUAUAUACCUAGAUGAAGUAAUUGACUAGCACAGUGAUUGUCGUCUAGUAAACGCGGUUACAAUCGAUUGGCGUACCGUACGCCAAUGAAGAUCCUGACGUCGAAAAUAUUACUCAGAUCCUCAGCUGAACAGCAGAGCGGAGAUCUAAAUAAAGACCUUGCAGCGCAGCCUUAAAAGCCGAGAAAUGGCUGUGCAUCUCGAUCUAGAACCUAGCCCGCAAGACCUGCUUUAAUCAUGCCUGUCAUUGCGCUAGGUAGACCAGCGUUAGAAUAGAGCUGAUUGGUUCUUUUUUCUACAAUAAAAUUGACAGGGAAGAUUUAAGAUGACCGAAUACCCCGUACUAAACCUAAACCGGUCUUUCAAAGGAUCACAUCUGCCAAGAUGAAUCUCCCCAUAAUCAGCAGCACAGCCAAGAGUAAUGAGAUGUCGGGUUUUGAGGCUUGGGAACGUGUCGAACCCUUGGCUCUCUGCCUUAUGGGAUCCAUCGUUUUUGAUAUGUAGUCUUUCGUUACUUAACACCGCGUCGAGGUAUAACUCAUUCAAAAUGGUCUCCCAAGUGACGCUCGCUAUUCUCGGCCUCGCCUCUACCGCCGUUGCGACAUACAGCCCACUGCAGCUGAGGAACCUCCACAACCUGCGCCAGGAACAUGUUGUUGUCGAGGUGCGACAGGCAACUUCGGAUGAGCCCGAACUACCUACAAUCACACAAAGCCCCGAGUGUGUUUCCGCCCUAGCGCCGCUGGGCUCCGACGUCCCCGACGUCCCGCCCGAGCUUCUGUCAUACAUGGAGUCGUUCGCGGCCACGGCCGACACCAGCAACCCGACCAUCUUGUGCGAGGCCACCCAGGUGCCGCAGUCGCUGUCUUCUCAAUACAGCUCGUACGACCAGGCAGCUAGCAGCUGGCUCAGCAAGCACAGCAGCGACCUCCAAGCCGCUGCUACUAAGUGCGGCGGCAGCGAUGCCCAAGUCAGCCAGGCCGUAGCUUCUAUCAGCGCCUUCCUCGGAGAUGGAUGCGGUGCUUCUUCGAGCGCGGGUUCCGCGGGUUCUGCCGGUUCUGCCGGUUCUACAACCGCAUCGCCGGGUCUUGCUGCCCGACCCACCGGCAUGGUUGCGGGUGCCAUGGCUGCCGCCGGUGCUCUUGGCGUCGCCGUGCUCCUAUAGUUGGAUCCCUGGUAUGCGCAUAUGCUGGAGUUGAAAACGGGCUCUUCCGUAUAAAUCAGAUAAUGUAAUAUACCCAAAAUUCAAUUCGCUUCUGCAUAUUUUUUUUUUACAUGUACGUUUGCAUUGUGUGUGUUAUACAUUGAUGCACUAUCGCCCAAUGUUUAAGUUUCGUGAUAAUUCGCGUUUAUUAUGCGUAGUUUCGGUAAAAUGUUGGACCAUUGGAAUAUAAAAUGUCUCAGAUCUUGUUAAAAUUUGUAGUAACACUACAUGAGAUGAGGGUUGUGAUAGGCA